UUAAAUCAGGAUAGACUAGUGUUGAGGGAGUUGUGGGAGUGUGAUGCUACAACCUCCUUAUAAAGGGACUCUCACGUUGUGUCUUCAAAUUAGAGCACAUUGCUUAAGUUUGAGGUCUCUAAAACACUAAUUGAAAAGCCGCUGUCAUGUCUUGGUUGAACGUGGAGGACAUGCUUCGUGUGACCGAGACGCCGUUCUUCUGGGUCGGGGCAUUCACCGUGGGCUCACUAUCUUUGUGGGUGCUUCAUCGACUCCUCCAAGGUUUUCGGAUUUGGGUCUUGGGAAAUGGACAGUUGCUCUCUCCGAAACUGGGCAAAUGGGCAGUUGUGACUGGAGCCACAGAUGGAAUUGGGAAGGUCUAUGCAGAGGAGCUCGCUCGAAAGGGGUUUGCCAUGAUGCUAAUCAGCCGCUCACAGGACAAGCUGGAUGAUGUCGCCAGACAGCUUGAGGAGCAGUACAGGGUUGAGACCAAGACUAUUGCAGUGGACUUUGGCCUAUCGGACAUCUACCCCAAGAUUGAAGCUGGACUGGCAGGCCUGGAAAUUGGAGUGCUGGUAAACAAUGUGGGAAUCUCCUAUCCCUACCCGGAAUAUUUCCUGCAUAUCCCAGACCUGGACAAUUUCAUAACCAACAUGAUCAACGUGAACAUAACUUCAGUUUGCCAGAUGACUCGUCUAGUUCUGCCCAGAAUGGUGGAGAGGUCGAAGGGUGUGGUUCUCAACAUCUCCUCUGCCAGUGGCAUGUACCCUGUACCCCUCCUGACUGUAUAUUCUUCUUCCAAGGCUUUUGUGGACUUCUUCUCUCGUGGACUUCAGGAAGAGUACAAAGCCAAGGGAAUCAUUGUCCAGAGUGUGCUGCCGUUUUUUGUCGCCACCAAGAUGACCCGGAUCAGGAAGCCAACCCUGGACAAGCCCACGCCUGAGCGCUACGUGGCCGCUGAGCUGAGCACGAUUGGACUACAGGAUCAGACCAACGGCUACUUCCCCCACGCCAUCAUGGGUUGGCUCACCACGGUCCUGGUGCCCAUCAACCUGGUCAUAUACUUCGGGGCCAGAAUGAACCGAGCCCAGCGUACUGGAUACCUGAAGAGGAGGAAGAUGAGGGAGCUGGCCAAUCAAAGCAACGGGAAGAGUGAGGGGCUCAAGCGUGAAUAAGAGUCCCCAUUAAGAGGGAUAGAGGAUAGAAACUGAAAUGGAACUACCGUACGGUGUGUGUGUGCGCGUGUGUGUGUGUGUGUGUCAGGCAAAGGACUCUGAACAGAAAAUCCUAAUUUGUCUGUGACACAAAUAAUUGGUGAGAAGAAUCUUUAACCACGGUGAUUUUCGUUGACUCUGCUGUUGUAAGCAGGGAAAUGGUGGCUGGCCAAUUAUCUCUUAUUUAUUUUUUUAUGUACGUACAACCGAGCCACACAAUCUUCAGCUGCCCAUGCACAGUAUGAAGUGCUGUUCACGUGUCGGCUGUGUCUGGAAGCGUCUCCGCUGAUUGGAGGCGACCCUCCACCGUUCCUCCCCAUUGGCUCUCAAUGUGCUUUGAGAGGAAGGGAUUGAGAAAUCAAAGCUUUGAUGGAAUGUCCACUUCAUACGGCCUUUCUAAGGGGGAGCGCUCUUCCACCCCAGCUUGUUGGUCUAGACUUGUUUCGCUGUGUUUUCAAUCAUGACUGUUGGCAUUUUGUGCAUAUGUAUUUGUGUAUGGAAAAAUGUGGUGGGAUUUGUUGCACUGACUUGAUGCUUUGUUUUCAUUUUUUUUUUAAGUUGCUUUUGUAUUUGUUUGUUCCAAAAAAAUGCAUAUUAUUCCCUUAUGUCUUAUCCACCUUCCUUCCAGUUCACAUUGGUAUUGGUUAUGUGCAAUGAGGGGAUUUUUAUAUGGACCAGUGAACCAGCUAAAGACCCAUAAGUUUCAUUGAGAAACUGAAGAUACACCUGUUGCCUUAUGUUCAUGCUGUGACGUGGAUGCCGAAGAUUGUAUACUAUAUACUGACUCAGUAUCUUUCAGUAUACUGUGCACAAUGGUCUUUUGGGUUGCUGGGGGAUCUUUCCAACGAUGUACAACUGUUUAUCUGGGUGUUGGUCUACGUGUGCCUUGGAUCUCUGUAUGACUUGUUCUGACCAAUGUCCAGUGUUUACAUUGCCCUAUGAAAAAUUCUCAGGUGUGAAGCUGUAACAGUUUUAUAAUAUCAGGAAUUUCGAGCAAGGAAUUGCCAUGUACUGCUGUCGCUCUCGUUGCUUUGCACCUGUAUGUGAGCUUUUUAUAAUUUGAUAAUAAAUACUGUAUGAUAAAGAA